AUGGUCCCCCCACGGCCACCGGACGGAGACAACCCACGGGCCCGGCUUGGAACCCUGCCGGACAGCGGCAAGCCUGGCAACGCUCUUUACAACUUCCUGAAACAAAUCGACUGCUUGGAGUUUUUGGAGAAUUUCACUUCACGUGGAUUGUCGAGUGUCCAACAGCUGAUGGACGUUACUCUACAGGACUUGGAUGAACUGGGAGUCCCAGAAGCCAAAAAGCGACUGCUAUUGAGUGGAAUCGAAGAGCAUGGCGUGUCCACCACGAUCUCCAGCGAGACGACGCUGCAGCGCUCGUCCAGUGAAGAGACAGUCCACCUCAGCUCCGAAGACGACGACGAUGACGGCAUCGACACCAAGGACGGCAUCCGUGCCAAAGUGUUCCCAGCGCUGCGGCCCUCUGGCAGGAAUCUGUCCUCUGUCGGCAAUCGGUAUCGCAAAAGCAGCAUUGCCAAAUACAAUUUGCGAGCGCACGCUCGCCAAGCCGUUGCCCUUCCUCGUGCUGGCAGCUGGGGAGGCAGUAGCAGCCUGGAGGUGCCCAGGAGCAAGAUGCCAAAAUUGUCUUCAUGCUCUGACAUCGAAGAAGAAGAAGAGGGGCUGGAGUGAGGAGAGGAGGGGGGUAGCGAUAGAUGGAUGAUGGUGGGAGGUUGUGUGGGCCGUGGGAUGCACUUUGUAUGAAAAGCCCUUGGGGUAAAUAAGCUGGUGUCUUUUGAUUUAAAGCUUUCGUGACUGCAGGGAUUCAUCUUCUUGGUUCUUUCAGUAAAGUCACGGUCGACAGACCUGUUCUCCACCUGAGGACGGCUGCUUGCGUUGUGGCCGAAACGUCGUGAGAAUUAUUUUAUGAUGUUUUAUUUGUAUUAUUUUAUUAUUUCCCUUCUACGUGACUUUACCGAAAGAACGACGUUUCGGCCAGAACACAAGCAGCCGUCCUCAGGUGAAGAACAGGUCUGUCGAGAAGACAGAGUCUGUUUUUAUUUAUUAUUAUUUUAUUUCCAUUCUACGU